GGCUGCAACCCAGAGGCGCGCGCACCGGAGCGCCAAGCCGCGCCGGGCCACCCCCAGCGCUGCGGAAGCACCUCGAGGACGCGGCGGCGCCCCACGAAGCGCCCUUGUCCGUCGAAAAGGGGGCGAGGAGAAGGAAGCCCGUGCGGAUCUUGCGCGGGACGAGCGCAGCGCACCCGGACCCGCGCCCACCUUCGUUUCCUUGAGCGCCACCCUGCCGCUGCUUUUGCGCAGCCGGCCCGGGUGCCCUCGCCUCGCCUCGCCGCCCUCUCCAUCUCCUCUCCCGGGGCUCCUCUUUGGCUGCAAUUCGGGGCGAGGAAGCAAGAAGGGAGCGGCAGGACUCCGUGCUGCAGCGGCAAUAAUUGCACCAAUAAUAGCAAUUAUCUGCGGGUUUGGCGGACCUCGUGGGGUCCCCAAAUCCGUGCGCCGCAGAGAGACAGAAAACCUGGCGUGAUGCAGCAGACGCAGAAAAGGAGGCUGGGGAUUUGGGAGCACAGCGACGAGGAAGCCUUGAUCCGGCGCCCUUCCCCGGUUUUUUAAGAGAGAGAUUCCGCCCUUCUCCAUGCUAGCCAUGAGCAGCUUCUUCUUGCACCCGCGGCCAGCCCUGCGCGGCUGCUGCGCCCCUUUCCUGGCCUCGGGCGCCGGCUGUUUUGCGCACUGCAGCAGACGCAGCGCCUCUUCGCGCUGCGCCCCCGGCCGCCGCCGGCGCCUGCGGGUCUUGGUGGACAUGGACGGGGUGCUGGCGGAUUUCGAGGGGGGCUUCCUGAAGAAGUUCAGAGCCAAGUAUCCGGAGAAGCCCUACAUCUCCUUGGAGGAUCGCAGGGGGUUCUGGGUCUCGGAGCAGUAUGGGCAGCUGGAAGCGGAGCUGAGUGAAAAGGCAAUUGGCAUUUGGGAGUCAAAGAACUUCUUCCUGGAACUGGAUCCGCUCCCAGGGGCCGUGGAAGCUGUCAAGCAGAUGGCCGAGUUAAAAGAGACCGAUGUGUUCAUAUGCACCAGUCCCAUCAAGAAGUACCGGUAUUGCCCAUACGAAAAGUACGCCUGGGUGGAGAAGCACUUGGGCCAAGAGUUUCUGGAACAGAUCGUCCUCACCCGAGAUAAGACGGUGGUCUCUGGCGACCUGCUGAUCGACGACAGGCCUGAUAUAAUAGGAGCUGAGAAGAGUCCGAGCUGGGAGCACGUCCUCUUCACGGCCUGCCACAACAAGCACCUCCAGCUGCCUCCUCUUCGUCGGAGGCUGCACUCGUGGGCUGACGACUGGAAGGCCAUCUUGGAUAGCAAGCGGGCAUUGUAGAGCUCAUUGGGAGAGUCUCCUCGACGUGCCCGGCUAGGGGCCAGAAUCAGUGGUGCAGGCCCGAAAACCACAUCUUGGCCCCGUGGGGAGAAGCAGGAAAAAACAUGUCUUUGGUUUCAGCUAUGGGGCCAGAGACGAGGGCAGGCUUCCCAAGGAAAAGGAGCUUGGCCAUUCUGCUAAAGCCAUCACAAAAGCUGGGCCACCAAAGGACCUUUGCCAAGCACCCUUCCUGGGUCUGGCUUGG